AUGUUGUUGGCUCUGAAAAGAAGGUGCGUCGAUGAAAAGUGCCCGAUUUUGGCUCCCUUGCAGAAGUUUUCUCCAGCAGUUCGAAUCUCGAAAAAACGCGAGAUUCUCAUGUGUCCGAUUGAAAAAGUGAUGUCAACGAAGUUAAUCGGUUUAACGUGUUUCUUGGAGCAUCCCGAGAGCUAUAAUUGGAAUAUGAGUCUUUAUGCAAACGAGGACUAUAAUCAUCGUAAAUGCGAUUCUGGACACGAGAUCUCAGAGUUGAAGCCAUAUUCGACUUUUCGAAAAGUGACAAUCGUUCGCGAACCUCUUGAUCGAUUCGUUUCCGGAUUUGUGCAUCUAUGUCUG